UUGAGGAGAGUUGACUUUUCUCUCUCUGGAGAUUGACAAAACAUGAUCAUGUUGCAGCGCUGCAUUUUUAAGAGACUUCUCCAACAACGGUGUUGUUUAGGGAAUCAAGAUGUCACUAAAAGUCUGCUGUCAGCUGGGUUCGCCUCUGCGCUGCUCGGGGGACACAGAGCUGCUGGGAGCAAAUCAGGUGUUCCAGAUGUGAGGGAGCGGACUCUUAUAGCUGUGAAGCCAGAUGGUGUUCAGCGCCGUCUUGUUGGACAGAUAAUGCAGCGGUUUGAGCAGCGGGGCUUCAAGCUGGUUGGCCUGAAAAUGUUGCAGGUAUCUGAUGAUCUGCUGUCUCAGCACUACUGUGAACUGAGGACUAAGCCUUUCUACCCCAGGCUGCAGGAAUACAUGACCUCCGGACCUGUUGUUGUCAUGGUGUGGGAAGGGUACAAAGUAGUCCAGGCAUCGCGUACAAUGGUGGGUCAUACUAACCCAUUGGAGGCCCAGGCGGGCACUAUCAGAGGAGAUUUCAGCUCCCAUAUCAGCAGGAACGUGGUUCAUGCCAGUGAUUCUCCUGAGGGGGCACAGAGGGAGAUCCAGCUGUGGUUUCAGAAAAAGGAGCUUCUGAACUGGGAUUGCUUUGACCAGACCCUGACCUGUGAGGUGUAAAGACGCCGAGAGCCGGAUGAAAAUCAGUAAUGCUACGUCCUCUCCUGCUGCUCAGGUCUGCCGCCUGUGAUUGAAAAAAUGAGGCAUAUCCAGUGUUACUAAGAUUUAAUUUACCUCAGGAAGUGCACUUACAGUCACAAAAAAAUGUGUUGAAACAUGUGUGGCUGAGGUUUUUUACUUAUCAAGCUUUCAUUAAACAGUAAUCGUAGGGAGAGAUGUGUGUAUGUAAUCGUCAUUCUGUCUCUUGCAGCAGAUGGAAAUGUUAUCAAUAUGUGGGAAACAUUGAGGUGCAGUGUGGAGCCAUGCUCUUAACUUAAUUAAACUUGAAGUUAUUAGUGGCUAAAUAUGUGAUAUAUAACUGAAAAGUAUUGUGUGUGGCAGGUUUUACAUCAACAAUCAAUCUAAAGAAAUCAAAUGUAUGUAAAAGUCAGAUCUUAUUUGACAUGUUAUUUUUCUUCCAAACUGUAAGGAUAUAAGAUUGUUUUUCCUGUAGCUGUUGAAUACCUGAGGCAGACUAUUGCAUUAACUUUUAAAUAGCAGCCAGAGAAAAAAAACACCAUUUCAAAACAUUGAAGAAAAUAUUUGACGUAUUUUAACAAAACCAUAAUGUUAUAAUAAAUAUGGGUGGUGGGGUAGGUAAGUUUGAGAAACCGGCUCGAGAUACAAUUU